UGUUACAGUAGCUGUAGUCUACAUUUUUGAAGUGAUUUCUUCUUAUGCAUUAACCUUUAAAGGGUUAAUCUUAAUGCGUAAAAAAUGUUAUUCCUUUAGCUGAUAAUAUUAUUUAAAUCAAAAUGUCGAAUCAAGUGACCGCCUUUGUCGCGGGGUUAAAAUCGAGAAAUGUGGAUAUUCAGACAAAAACGGCACGAGAACUAUACCAUUUUGCUAAAACUGAACUUCGCGAAGUGCCCCAAGAAGAACUUACGCAAUUUUUGGAUGAAUUUAACCAUCAAAUAUUCGAAAUGGUUUCUAGCAAUGAUGUCCAUGAGAAAAAGGGUGGAGUGCUGGCUAUUGUCUGCCUUAUUGGAGGUGAUUGUGACACUACUAAAACAAGAAUCACAAGAUUUGCUAAUUACUUGAGAAACUUAUUACCUUCCUCUGAUGUGGGGGUUAUGGAACUUGCUGCUAAAACAGUAGGUCGUCUCGCUACUGUUUCUGGAGUUAAAAGAGCGGAAUAUGUGGAGUUUGAAGUUAAAAGGGCUUUUGAAUGGUUAUCAGAAGAGAGAAAUGAGGGAAGGAGGCACUCAGCCGUGUUAUUAUUAAAAGAAAUGGCUAUAGCAAUGCCAACAUACUUUUAUCAACAAGUCUCAGGUUUCUUUGACCAUAUUUUAAUAGCUUUGAAAGACCCUAAACAGCAAAUUAGGGAAGCUGCUGCAAAAGCACUACGAGCUGGCUUAGUAGUAACAGCCCAAAGAGAGACAGCGAAGCAAUCAACUGCUAAACCGCAGUGGUAUAUGCAAUGUUAUGAAGAGGCUAUGUCGUCAUUUGAAGAAAUACCUAUUAAAGAAAAAGGAAUUACAAAAGAAGAUAGAGUUCAUGGUGGUCUUCUUAUCCUUAAUGAACUCCUAAGGUGUUCAAAUGCAUCAUGGGAGAAAAAGUACACAUAUCUUAUGCGUAGUCUAGAUACACAAAAAGACAUAACUGUGUCAGAUGAUAUUAUUUUUAUAAGUUCCAAGCUACAUAGUCCAUCAGUAAAAAGAGGCUACUUGUGUGAUGGUUUUAAAACUGAAAAUGUUCAGUAUCCCGUUCCUAUAUAUGAGUCAGAAGUUUGUAAAAAGUUAUUAAUUGAAAAAAUAGAAAGGACUUGUCAAGAUGUGAUGUCUCAGAGACUUCUUAAAACACAAGGAGUCCCACAAAUACUUUUAAUAAUAAUUCCGAGAUUGGCAGCAUUUAAUAAAGAAUUAUUUUUAAAGAAAUAUCUCAACUCUACUAUGCAUUAUCUCAUAACUUCAAUCAAAAGUAGGGAAAAAGAUAGAAAUAUGGCAUUCACUACAUUAGGGUUGAUGGCAGCAGCCAUUGAAGGUGAUAUUAAAACAUUUAUUCCUAGAAUAAUGGAUGUGAUAAAACAAGCCUUACCAAAUACCAGAGAUACUCUGAGUAAAAAGAGAAUGUGGAUUGACCCAUCUAUAUUUGCAUGUAUAACAUUGCUCAGCAGUGCAGUAAAAGAUCUUGUUAUUAGUGACAUUAAAGAAUUAUUAGAUCCAAUGUUUGCUACUGGCCUAAGUCCAUCAUUAACAAUUUGCUUAAAAGAGUUGAGCCAAAACUUACCUACAUUAAAGGGAGAAAUUUCAGAAGGACUUUUAAAUAUGCUUUCUCAAGUUUUAAGAAAUAAGCCAUUCUUACAUCCUGGUGUGCCAAGAAAUUUGGAGCAACAGAGUAAUAUGAGUCUCAUGAUAGAACUUCAAGAUACUGCUAACAUAGUUCUUGCAUUAAGAACACUUGGGACAUUCCAAUUUGAGGGUCAACAUAGUUUACUUACAUUCGUAAGACGUUGCGCUGACCAUUUCCUUCAAAGUGAGCAACAAGAGAUUAGAGUGGAAGCAGUAAAAACAUCUGCUAAAUUAUUAGCUGUUGCCACAGCACGAACUGUGAAGACUCCUUCCAGAACCCUGACCAUGCUAACUGCUGAAGUUGUUGGUAAAAUGUUAGUGGUAUCAGUUACUGACCCAGACUAUGAAGUAAGGUAUUGGGUUCUGGAGUCCCUUACUGAAAUAUUCGAUACUCAUUUGGCACAAAUAGAAAAUUUAAGUUUUCUUUUCAUUGCCAUGAAUGAUGAACAUUUGGAAAUACGAGAAUUAGCUAUUUGCACAAUUGGACGACUGAGUAUUGUUAAUCCCGCAUAUGUAAUGCCAGGACUUCGAAAAAUUUUAAUACAAUUUUUAACAGAACUUGAACAUUCGGGGAUGAGUCGAAAUAAGGAACAGGCAGCAAGAAUGUUAGAUAAUCUUAUUUUGCAUGCUCCUAAACUUGUAAAACCAUAUAUGGAAACAAUCUUAAAUGUCCUUGUACCUAAGUUAAAAGAAGCCGAUUUAAAUCCAGGAGUGGUAAUUAGUGUAUUGAAAGCUGUAGGUGAUUUAGCCGAUGUUCAUGGGGACAACACUGGGCUCAAAAAAUGUUUACCGGAACUUUUGACAAUUCUUCUUGAUUUACUGUCUGAUGCCAGUGCUACUGAUAAAAGGAGUGUCGCUCUGUGGGCAUUUGGACAACUGAUAAGUGCCACAGGACAUGUUGUUACACCAUACACUGAAUAUCCGAAUCUAAUGGAUGUUUUGCUCAAUUUCUUAAAAACUGAACAACAGCCUAAAGACAGGCGAGAAACCAUUCGAGUUUUGGGGCUUCUUGGUGCCCUAGAUCCUUACAAACAUAAGAUGACAAGAGGUUUGAUUGAUGGUAAACCAGAUUCUAGCUUAGUGCCGGUUGCUGAUAGUAAAGCUGAAGAAAACAACUUUGAUAUGACAACAAGUGAAAUGUUAGUGAACAUGUCUUCACCAGUUCUCGAUGAAUACUAUCCAGCAAUCGUUAUUUCUACCCUUAUGCGUAUACUUCGAGAUCCAACUCUUCAACAACAUCACACAAGUGUAGUACAAGCUGUGACAUUUAUUUUUCAAUCAUUGGGCAUAAAAUGCGUCCCAUAUAUCUCUCGCGUUACCCCGAGCCUCCUGUACGUUGCUCGCGCGACAGAUAACAAUAAUUUUCGAGAAUUCCUUUUCACACAGUUAGCGAAGCUUAUAGCUAUUGUCAAGCAACAUAUUCGUAACUAUUUGGAUAAAAUAUUCGAUCUUAUAAAAGAGUUUUGGACGCCAAAUAGUCCUUUGCAAUCAACAUUAAUAUUACUAGUUGAACAUAUAGCUAUUGCUCUUGGAUCGGAGUUUAAAGUAUACUUACCACAAUUAAUGCCUCAAAUACUACGAGUUCUUGCUCACGAUACCAGUAAAGAAAGAGUCGUUACAGAGAAACUCCUUUUUGCGUUACAAAAAUUUGAAGACAAUCUUGAUGAUUACAUGCAUUUGGUUAUUCCAUCUAUUGUGAAAUUAUUUGAUGCUUCAGACUGUCCUAUACCAGUGGCUAAAGUAGCUAUGGAAACGGUGGACUAUCUAUCAGAUUCCUUGAAUUAUAGCGAACUCGUAUCUAGGAUAAUACAUCCUCUUGUAAGGAGCUUAGAUACAUGCUAUACUUUAAGAACUACAGCGAUGGAUACUUUGUGCGCUCUCAUUAUACAACUCGGUAGAAAGUAUAACGAUUUUAUUCCACUUGUUCAAAAAGUCAUCGCAAAACAUAGAAUACAACACCAGAACUACGAACUUUUACUGUCAAAAUUACAGUCAAAUUCAACUUUAGCUGUUGACGAUUUUUUGCAAAGUACUAGACGCAAACCUAGAAAUAACAAUCAAGAGGCACGGAUAGUAGCUUGCGAUUCUUCGCAGUCUAUCCGUAAACUAUACGUAAAUGCUCACAGCCUGAAAGUUGCUUGGACUGUCAGUAGCAGAGUGUCGAAGGAUGAUUGGCUGGAAUGGUUGCGACGUUUUAGCAUCGGCCUACUUACAGAAUCACAUAGCCCAGCUUUGAGGGCAUGUCUGGCUUUAGCACAUAAUUACUCCCAGUUGCUACGUGACCUAUUCAACGCCGCAUUUGUCUCCUGCUGGACCGAAUUAGAUAACACAUCGCGAACAGAAUUGUCGAAUGCUUUGGAGCAGGCUUUGACAGCUCCUGAUGCGCCAGAAUUAGCGCAUACUGUCUUAAACCUUGCCGAAUUUUUGGAGCAUUGUGAAGGCGGCGCACUACCGAUUUCUACACACCUGCUCGGAGAAAGAGCUAUGCACUGUAGAGCGUAUGCCAAAGCGCUUCAUUAUAAGGAAGAAGAGUUUCGCAACGGGGCUACCUCUCAGGUUGUAGAGGCUUUGAUACAUAUAAAUAAUAAGUUACAACAAAAAGAAGCAGCUGAAGGCUUACUCGAACGAGUAAUGGCUCAACGCGAAGCUGGUGAUGCGAAUUUAAAAGUACAGAUAAGAUGGUAUGAGAAAUUGCAUAACUGGGAAAAAGCGUUAAACUUAUAUGGGGAAAAACUAGUUGGAGAUGAUGAAAACACGGAAUCAUAUCUAGGUGAAAUGCGAUGUUUUGAAGCAUUGGGUGAAUGGGUCAAACUAUACCACACAGUUUCCAAGCGCUGGGUAAAAAUGAGCGAUGACGAAAAAUUCAAAUCGGCUAGAUUAGCCGCUGCCGCCGCUUGGGGCUUGAAUGAAUGGGAUUCAAUGACCAAUUAUGUCAACUUUUUACCGGAAAAUUCACAAGAUGGUGCUUUUUACAGAGCUGUUCUUAAUAUUCACAAUGAAGAUUACGAUGUUUCCAAACUAUUCAUAGACCAAGCACGAACUAUUUUGGAUUCUGAAUUGACUGCAGUCGCUGGAGAAAGUUAUCAGAGGGCUUAUGGAGCUUUAGUUAAUGCUCAAUUACUCGCCGAAUUAGAGGAAGUAAUCACGUACAAAUUGGUUCCCGAAAGACGAGAGUCUAUCAGACAAGCUUGGUGGACAAGACUUCAAGGUGGACAAAGAUUAGUUGAAGACUGGCGCAAAAUUCUUCAAGUUCGUAGUUUAGUACUAACGCCACAAGAGGAUAUGGCCACAUGGUUGAAAUUCGCUUCACUUUGCAGAAAAAGUGGUGCACCACGCCAAGCUCAUACAACCUUGGUGAUGCUUCUCGGCAUAGAUCCAAGUAAAAAUCGUGACAUGCCACUUCCAGCGCACGAGCCGAGGUUAACUCUCGCUUACGCAAAACAUCUGUGGGUCGCUGGCGAUAAGCAACUUGCAUAUGACCAGUUGCAGCGCUAUGUAGAUACAGUGGAUACUGGAGACGCGGAACAUUGUCGUCUAUUAGCACGUUGUCAUUUAAAAUUAGGCUCUUGGUGCGAAUCUUUGUUAGGUAUCAAUAAACUCUCGAUUCCUGAGAUUCUUCGCAAUUACUCCGCUGCGACCACUCUAUCUUCCGAUUGGUACAAAGCUUGGCACGCAUGGGCGUACAUGAAUUUUGAAACUGUUCUUUUUUAUAAGCAUCAGGAGGCUGAUAUGACCAACCCAGAAGAGAUCAAAGCGGCAGCUGAAUAUAUACAAACCCACACUGUUCCGGCAGUUGAAGGAUUUUUUAAGUCGAUAAACUUGUCCCAUGGUAGUUCGCUUCAAGAUACAUUGAGACUGCUCACGCUAUGGUUUGAUUAUGGACACCAUCCUGCUGUCCAUGAAGCUCUCGUAGAAGGUAUAAGGACCAUCGAAAUAAAUGUAUGGCUUCAGGUCAUACCUCAACUCAUAGCACGGAUCGACACCCCGAGAGCUUUAGUAGGAAAACUUAUACACUCAUUGUUGAUAGAUAUCGGGAAAUCUCACCCCCAAGCUCUAGUCUAUCCUUUGACGGUGGCAUCGAAGUCUUCAUUCGUAGACCGCAAGAAUGCAGCUAAUCAAAUUUUGAAAUCAAUGUGUACUCAUUCAAAUAACUUAGUUAAUCAAGCCGCGAUGAUAUCUGAAGAACUAAUCAGAGUUGCUAUAUUGUGGCACGAACAGUGGCAUGAAGCAUUAGAAGAAGCUUCUAGAUUAUAUUUCAGUGAACAUGACGUUAAGGCUAUGUUCAAGACUUUGGAACCUCUACACGCUAUGCUAGAGAGAGGUCCAAAAACAUUGAAAGAAAUUUCUUUUAGCCAAGCCUAUGGACGAGAUCUCAAUGAAGCUCAAGAAUGGUGUAAUCGAUUUAAGGAUUCAGGCCUUGUCCGAGAUUUAAAUCAAGCCUGGGAUCUGUACUACCACGUGUUCCGUCGAAUCAGCCGCCAGCUGCCGCAGCUCACGUCGCUGGAGCUACAGUACGUGAGCCCGAACUUACUCAACUGCCGCGACCUGGAACUGGCUGUGCCCGGCUCGUACGUGCCCGACCAGGAUCUCAUACGUAUUGCGCACAUACAGAGCAGCUUACAGGUGAUAACAUCAAAGCAACGACCGCGCCGGCUCUGCAUUCGUGGCUCCAACGGCAAAGACUACAUGUUCCUUCUCAAAGGUCACGAGGAUCUACGUCAGGACGAGCGCGUAAUGCAACUGUUCGGCCUAGUCAACACCUUGCUGCAAGCCGAUCCCGACACGUUCAGGAGAGACCUGGCCAUACAGAGAUACGCAGUGAUACCUCUUUCCACUAACUCCGGGUUGAUCGGCUGGGUCCCACACUGUGACACUUUACACUCGCUGAUAAGGGACUACAGAGAUAAAAGGAAGAUUUUACUUAAUAUUGAACACCGAAUUAUGCAAAGAAUGGCGUCGGAUUUGGAAAGGUUGAUGUUGAUGCAAAAGGUGGAAGUUUUUGAACAUGCACUUGAGCACACAGCUGGGGACGACCUCGCAAAAUUGUUAUGGCUUAAGAGCCCUUCUUCGGAGGUUUGGUUCGAACGUCGUACGAACUACACGCGCUCGCUGGCGGUAAUGAGCAUGGUGGGUUACAUCCUGGGACUAGGGGACCGUCAUCCUUCUAACAUAAUGCUCGAUAGAGUUACUGGAAAGUUUUUGCACAUCGACUUCGGAGAUUGUUUCGAAGUAGCCGUCACGAGGGACAAAUUUCCAGAAAAGAUACCAUUCAGGUUGACGAGGAUGCUUAUAAAUGCAAUGGAGGUGACCGGCAUCGAGGGCACGUACCGGCGCACGUGCGAGUCGGUGAUGGAGGUGCUGCACCGGCACAAGGACAGCGUGAUGGCGGUGCUGGAGGCGUUCGUGUACGACCCGCUGCUCAACUGGCGCCUCAUCGACGCGGGGCGGCGCUCGCGCGCGGACGACGCGGGCGCGGACGCGUCGCCGCCCGACGCCGAGCCGCCCGCCGAGACCAACCUCAACAAGCGCGCGCUGGCCAUCGUCAACCGCGUGCGCGACAAGCUCACGGGCCGCGACUUCACGCACAUCGACGACGCCAGCGUGUCCGUGCAGAAGCAGGUCGACCUGCUCAUCCAGCAGGCCACCAGCAACGAGAACCUGUGCCAGUGCUACGUGGGCUGGUGCCCGUUUUGGUAGAAGCUAUGUAGUAGUAGUUGUACUUCCACGCUUAUUAAUGUUGUUCUACAUAACAUACCUUCGAAAAAUCUAAUGUCAUAUAAAGAUCGCUAUGGCAGUUAAAUGUUCUUGAUCAAAAUAAUAGUCAUUAAACCCUAUCUUAUCUAUAAAUGGCAUACUUUACGAUUCUUUGUUUCGUCAUGAUGUUUUAUACCGUAAUGGAUUUUAAUUAUAGAAUCUAUUGUAAAAAUCUAAGUUGUCGCGAGUUACGUGUUACAAACAACCCAAUGCAUAUAAAAGUAAAUUGGUUCGCGCACACUUCUCCCUACUUCCUAUUACAUCUUCGUCGCAUUUGUUAAAUAAGUCCCACCAAAUAUUCCGUGCCGAGAUAUUAUAUAAAAAAAUAAAUUUAUUUAAAUUAAGUGUAAUAAUAUAUACAAUAUAACUUAUAAAAUAUUUAUAACAUAAAAAAAUAAUGUGAAACUCCACGUAAACAUAUCAAAAUAAAACUAUUUCUAUAAACAAUUAUUACUUCUUUGUCUAUAAAAGUAUAGUCUAUGCAACUAAGACGUGGCUAUUUUUUUUAAAUGCAUUUUUUAAAAACCUAUUCCUAUUUACCCGCCAUUCUAAUGUCAUAGCGAUCUUCACAUAGGCUGACUGUAGAUUUAUUAAUUAUCUAUAUUCAUAAUUUAAUUCAAUAAUUCAUCUUUAGUUCUUCCUUGUUUAAAAAAGUCAACAUAUAUGUAUAUUGUAUGGAUGUAAUACAAUAAACUGUAUACAUGCAUAAAUAAUUGAAUUAACGAAUAAAAAAAUGUUUAAUUUUUAUUUGUAAAUAUGAUUAUAUUCUCUUAAUGUAUUUCUACCGAUUCAUUUAAUUUUUUUAUUAAUAUAUUAUGAAUCGAUUUAGUCUCUCGUUAAUAAAUGAUUUAUAGUCCUCUUCACCAUAUAUGUUGGAAACGAGAACACUAAUGAGAUACCGGCUUAUAUGUUACAAACUGACUUCUCUGUAAAACAAUGUCCUAAAUUAUGUAUCGUAUUUUUGUAAAUUGUAUUAUAAUCUGUGCUAAUUUUUAUUAUUAUUUCAAUGUAGGUAAUGGUGUCGACUCUGUUGUGAAUCAUAUUGACUAAAAAUUUUUGACUAAAAUUAAUUAUUUGGAAUUAUUUAAACAAAAGCUUUUCGCUAUCUCUUUAUGAUGUGUUGGGUUAAAAGAAUAGCAAAUUGUUAAGUUUUGUUAAUUACUUUAAUUUAGAUAUAGUGUAGACAGCAUCUAUAUAUCUAAAAUUGAUUGCUUGUUUGUUUUGUGUCAAGUGAUAAUUGGGUUGUUAUCCAUAUAUGUCUGCUUCUCUCAGAUUAAACAAUUUAAUCCAGAACUGUAAGCAGUCGGCUAAUUGCUUACUCGAUUAACUGUAUUUUUUUUUUAAUUGUAUAUAAAUAUAUGAAAACAUUGUAUUUCAAAUAUUAUUCUUGCAAUUUCCUACAAAAUAUGAACAAAUAGUUUUUCUAAAUUGAAUAGCGCGCUUGAUUCUUCUAAUAUAUAUAAGAAGAAUUUUAUCUUUAUAACAGAAUUGGGAUGGGAUUAACGAUCUAAUAUUAUUAUCGCUUGACAAUAAAUGCAAUGUGCAGUUUGACAUUGCAGUGUUCCUGUAACGUUUAAAUAUAAGUUAUAAUUUUAAUUGCUUGUAAGUUGUUGAUUUAAUUGGUUUUGAUAAUUGCUGUUGCGAAUAAUAAUACAAAAAAUAUAACUGUCCUUAAUAUUUUGUUAAUUCAGUAUGUAACACGAUAAUUGUCUCAAUUUAAAAAGUUCAAAGUUCAACUUGCAAUAGAAACACGAUGUUUUUCUAGGUUUCGUAAUGAUAUAUUCUGAAAUUAUGAAAAACACACAUUUUGUUAUAAAGGAAUCUGACAUGACAAAAAAAAAAAAAAAACUUUAAAUAGUUUUUAAAUAAGUUUCGAUGACUUAAAAAUUCGGUACGCUUACAAUAUUUUAAAUCCAAAAAAUACUUUCAAACUGAACUGUUGAUAAAUCGUUUGUUAAAUGUGAAUAUUUUGAUUUCUUUAUUAAAGAU